CAGGGAGACAGGGCAGGUUGGGUUCUAUUUUGAGACCCGCAGAAGAGGAAGUGAGAUGAGUUUGGAAUGUUCUGUGCCCAGCUCCUCCUAUCACCUGCUGGGGAAAGCUGGAAAAGAGGAAAUGUCCCUGGUGAACCAGGAGUGACUGUCAAGGUGAAAACCUGCACAGGGGAAAGGACAUGGAAAUAAUGGCUCAUGGAGAGGAUUUGGUUUUUGCAAGUUUCCUGAAGAAAAGAAAAGAUAAAAUGAAAUUUUUGUGGGUGCAAUACUGGUUCCAACUUCAAAAUACUACCUUCUCUUUCUUUCUGAAGAAGGGUGGAGAUGCAGCUUGCCUCCGAGGACAAUACCACAUGCACACAGUGCAGGCUGUGAGGGAAUUUGGUACACUGAAUGGUGAUUACCUCUUUGAGAUUACAAUGAAAAAUGGGAAGAAGAAAAUUCUGGCUGCAGAGACUCCCAAACUUCGUGCUAUGUGGAUUGAAACUUUAUGGAAAUCCAUGCAGCUUAUCGGGCCAUACCUCAGCCAGGCUGCCUACGGAAGGAGUGACUUUCCAAGGCCAUCUGGAGAAGCGUUACCUGGGACUGCACUUGGUGAGGAAGAACUAAGCAAAAGCCAGUCAUCUGCCAAGGAGAACUUUCCCUCUCCAGCCAAGACCAUGAAUAGCUUAAUCCCAGAAGAGAUGUUGGAAAUCAGACCCUACCAUGCUGUGCCAAAUGCAGCCUUCAAUAUUUAUGAUGUCCCAAGAUCCUGGAGGAGCAACAGGCCAGCUGAAAAUAAUCUGGUGAUGUCACAGCAUCGAUGAAGAGUCAUGGCAGACAGAACUGAUUUGAACACCAAGUCCCACAGGGGUGUUGGCAGAGACUGUUUCUCAGUGACUUUUUGGCUCUUCCUUUUCUUUACGUCUGAGAUUUUCUGUCCUGUCCUUUGAGGAGCCUCGGUACUGAAUCAGCACCAGCCCAGGAGAGCUGACUUCAGCUCGAUGCUGAUACGAUCUAUGGAGGCAUAGGAGCUCUUGUUCCUUUAUUGGAUUUGUGAAACUAAAAUAUGGGGACUGGAUGGAAUGUGGGCAUAUCAGAGCUCAUAAAGGCUUACAAAGAGUGAGAUUCCUUACUCGACUUCCUAGAAUGGUCGCACCUCUCCAUUUAUCUGCUUUUUAAGUCAGUCAUCACGUAUUGAUGAAACACUCCAGAAUCGCCUAGCAUCGUGCCAAUAGUAACAUGACCUUGUCCUUCUUUUCCAAAGAUGGCAGUCCUAAUUCACUGUCAUACCAGGACAGUUUUCA